GCUGUGGGCGCGUGAAUGUUAUUUGAAGUUGAGGGAACAUGUUUUGAUGUGUGCUACAGGGAGACACGCCUGCCCCGUUUCCGGGAGAGUCCUGCCUUGCGUAGCCGCUGUGCAGGAAAACCUGGCACGCAGGAGUGGCAGCGGCUACCUCUGUUUGGCUGCCUGUCCCCAGCCGAGAGCUGCCAUGUGACCUUCUAUCCAGGUGGCGCCAUCUGGGCUGCGGCAUGGUGUCCCCUGCCACCACCAGGAGAGGAAGAGGAGCAACCGAGCCAUCACCAGUGGGUGGCACUGUCGUGCUGUCCGGACCCCGAUCGAGAGCACCCGCUGACCGAGGCCACGUCCGAACCUGGCCUCUUGCAGAUCUGGGACCUAGGACCUCUGCAGCUGAACAGGGGUCCACGUGAGAGGAGUGUGUCACCACGGCUAGGUCUGUGCCUUGCGCAUGACUUUGGCUUCGUGGCCGGCUUGGAUUGGUGCCCUUCUGGCUGCUAUCAGGAAGGGGACCGUCUGGGCCUACUGGCACUCGCUUGUGGAGAUGGCUGCGCUCGCAUUCUCAGGUACACUUUCUUAAAAGCAUCGCUUCUCACCCAGAGAAGGCUGCUCUGUUGUUUU